CCCCGCAUCCCAUCGCGACGGGGGCGGGGGGAGGCAAAAGGGCCCCUGCGCCUUUAAGGUUGCGGAGCGCACCGAGCGCCGGGAGCGGGGCGAGCGGCUGGGUUCGGGCUGCAGGGCGUUUACCCCGGACAGCGACGGAAGGGCCCGGCCGGCCCGGCCCGGCCCGGCCCAGCCCAGCCCACAGCGCCAUGGAGCGAGGCGCGGCCAGCGAGUAGCCGGGGCCGGGGCCGGGGCCGGGAUCGGGAUCGGGAUCGGGAUCAGCCCGCGGGGCCGGGGCGCUGCCUGGCUCCCGGGGCAGCGGGUCGGCCGGGCACAGGCGGCGGCGCAGGACGGGAGGUGCCUGGCCCAGCCUGCCCCGUGCCCGCCCCAUGCCCAGCUGGAUGUGAGGUGGAGCCAGGUCACUGGACUGGGGCACUGCCCUCCUGCCAACUUGUUGGGUUAAAUGCCGGCUCGUUCUGUGCCAGCUCAGUGCUCCUGGCACAGAGCAGCCACCCAGCAUGUCGUGGUUUAGCGGCAUUCUGGUGCCCAAGGUGGACGAGCGGAAGACGGCAUGGGGGGAGCGCAAUGGGAAGGGGCAGCGCCCGCGCUCUUCGCUCUGCAGCCCACGCUACAUGAGCUGUCUGCAGGACCCCGAGCUGGAGCGGGGUGCCCACCCACGGGCUGGCCUGGGCCUGACCUGCUCCUGGCAGGAGGACCACUACAGCAAGAAGGGCCUGGCUGGGGGCGCCGGCGACCUGGGGCUGAAGUCGGUGGACUUGGGCUUUGAGGACGGCGAGGCCAAGGGGCCGAAGGCGGUGGAGGGGGUGGCCAGGCCGGGGGAGCGGCUGUCGGCAGGCGAGUGCUGGCAGCGCCUCCUGCAGGUUUUCCGUUCCAAGCGCUUCCAGUCGGCCAAGCUGGAGCGUCUCUACCAGCGCUACUUCUUCCAGAUGAACCAGAGCAGCCUGACGGUGCUGAUGGGGGUGCUGGUGCUGGUGUGCGGCGUGAUGCUGCUCUUCCACUGCGCCCCCGGCACCCCCCGGGUGCCCUACGCCGCCGCGCUGGCCGUGGCCACCGCCCUCUUCCUGGCCCUCAUGGUGCUAUGCAGCCGUAGCGCCUUCCCCCAGGACUCCAUGUGGGUGGUGAGCUACCUGGUGCUGGCUGCGCUGGGCGGGGUGCAGGCCCUGGGCACCCUCAUGGCCACGCCCCGCAGCGCCUCCGAGGGUGUCUGGUGGAGCGUCUUCUUCAUCUACAUAACCUACACCCUGCUGCCCGUCCGCAUGCGGGCCGCUGUGGGGGCAGGCGCCCUGCUCUCCACCCUGCACCUGCUCAUCACCUGGCACCUCAACGCCAGCGACCCCUUCCUCUGGAAGCAGCUCAGUGCCAACAUCCUGAUCUUCCUCUGCACCAACAUCAUCGGGAUCUGCACCCACUACCCGGCCGAGGUGUCCCAGCGCCAGGCCUUCCAGGAGACCCGCGGCUACAUCCAGGCCCGGCUGCACCUGCAGCGGGAGAACCGGCAGCAGGAGCGCCUCCUGCUGUCGGUGCUGCCCCAGCACGUUGCCAUGGAGAUGAAGGAGGACAUCAACACCAAGAAGGAGGACAUGAUGUUCCACAAGAUCUACAUCCAGAAGCACGACAAUGUCAGCAUCCUGUUUGCAGACAUCGAGGGCUUCACCAGCCUGGCCUCCCAGUGCACGGCCCAGGAGCUGGUCAUGACGCUCAACGAGCUGUUUGCGCGCUUUGACAAGCUGGCCUCGGAGAACCACUGUCUGCGGAUCAAGAUCCUCGGUGACUGCUAUUACUGUGUGUCGGGGCUGCCGGAGGCCCGGGGGGACCACGCUCACUGCUGCGUGGAGAUGGGGGUCGACAUGAUAGAAGCCAUCUCGCUGGUGCGCGAGGUGACGGGGGUGAACGUGAACAUGAGGGUGGGAAUUCACAGCGGGCGCGUGCACUGCGGGGUGCUGGGGCUGCGCAAGUGGCAGUUCGACGUCUGGUCCAACGACGUGACUUUGGCCAAUCACAUGGAAGCUGGAGGCAAAGCCGGGCGCAUCCACAUUACUUGGGCAACGCUGCAGUAUCUGAAUGGGGACUACGAGGUGGAGCCCGGCCACGGGGGCGAGCGUAAUGCCUACCUCAAGGAACACAACAUCGAGACCUUCCUCAUCGUGGGCUGCAGCCAGAAGCGCAAGGAGGAGAAGGCCAUCCUGGCCAAGCUGCAGCGAGCGCGGGCCAACUCCACGGAGGGGCUGGUGCCACGCUGGGUGCCCGACCGCAACUUCUCCCGCACCAAGGACUCCAAGGCCUUCCGGCAGAUGGGCAUUGAGGACACCAGCAAAGACAACCGCAGCGCGCAGGAGGCCCUGAACCCCGAGGACGAGGUGGACGAGUUCCUGGGACGGGCCAUCGACGCCCGCAGCAUCGACCAGCUGCGCAAGGAUCACGUCAAGAAAUUCCUGCUGACCUUCCAGACACCAGAGCUGGAGAAGAAGUACUCCAGGAAGUUGGACGAUCGCUUUGGGGGCUACGUGGCCUGCACGCUGCUCGUCUUCUGCUUCAUCUCCUUUAUCCAGAUUGUGAUGUUCCCACGCUCCCCACUGAUGCUCGGUGUCUACAUCAGCAUCUUCGUCAUCCUGGCCAACAUCCUCUUCGUCUGCGCCGUCUAUUCCUGCGUCAGCCUCUUCCCCACAGCCCUGCAGCAGGUCUCCCGAAAGAUCGUCCACUCCCGCACACACAGCACCUUCAUUGCCGUCUUCGCCAUCCUCCUCGUCUUCAUCUCGGCCUUCGUCAACAUGUUCGCUUGCAGCCACGUGCGCCUGCGGGAAUGUGCCGCCCGCACCCUCAAUGUCACGCCCGAGGCCGUGGGGCCCUGCCAGCUCCACGCCCUCAACUACUCGCUGGGCUCCGACGUGCCCCCUUGUGAUAGGGACAUCCCGGCCUGCAACUUCCCUGAGUACUUUAACUACAGCAUCGUGCUGAGCCUGCUGGCCUGCUCCGUCUUCCUGCACAUCAGCAGCAUCGGGAAGCUGGGGCUCAUGCUGGCCAUCGAGGGCAUCUACCUGGUGCUGGCUGAGGGGCCCGAGGCGCCGCUGUUCGACAACUACGACCUGCUGGUUGUGGCCAACGCCCUUCCGGCCUUCAAUGAGACCCAGUGGGGCCCAGGAUGCCUGGCGGAGGGGAAGGUGGCGCUGAAGUACAUGACCCCCGUGAUCCUGGCAGUCUUCACCCUGGCACUCUAUCUGCACGCUCAGCAGGUGGAGUCCACGGCCCGACUUGACUUCCUCUGGAAGCUGCAAGCCACGGGCGAGAAGGAGGAGAUGGAGGAGCUCCAGGCCUACAACCGGCGCCUUCUGCACAACAUCCUGCCCAAGGACGUGGCCGCGCACUUCCUGGCGCGCGAGCGCUGCAAUGACGAGCUCUACUACCAGUCGUGCGAGUGCGUGGCCGUCAUGUUCGCCUCCAUCAGCAACUUCUCCGAGUUCUACGUGGAGCUGGAGGCCAACAACGAGGGGGUGGAGUGCCUGCGGCUGCUCAACGAGAUCAUCGCUGACUUCGACGAGAUCAUCAGCGAGAUGCAGUACCGGCAGCUGGAGAAGAUCAAGACGAUUGGCAGCACCUACAUGGCGGCCUCGGGGCUGAACGACAGCACGUACGACCGGGAGGGCCGGACGCACAUCACCGCGCUGGCCGACUACGCCAUGCGCCUCAUGGAGCAGAUGACGUACAUCAACGAGCACUCCUUCAACAACUUCCAGAUGAAGAUCGGGCUGAACAUCGGGCCAGUGGUAGCGGGUGUCAUCGGGGCCCGGAAGCCCCAGUAUGACAUCUGGGGGAACACUGUGAACGUCUCCAGCCGCAUGGACAGCACAGGGGUCCCUGACCGCAUCCAGGUGACAACCGACCUGUACCAGGUGCUGGCGGCUAAGGGCUACCAACUGGAGUGCCGGGGGCUGGUCAAGGUCAAGGGCAAAGGGGAGAUGACCACCUACUUUCUGAACGCCGGCCCGCCCCGCAGUUAGCGCCAGCCGUGGCCUUUGGCGAGAAGGACCCAGCGUGCCAGAGGGGCUGGACAGGGCUGACGCAGGUCGAGCCUGGGCCAGGCUGAGCCGAGCUAUUGGGAACCAACCCAGCCUGGCUGCCCCCCUGGCCUUGGGUCCAUUUCAUUGGUGGGGUCUUGUAAAUGGCUCUGAAUUUCAACACCAAACUGAAGAGGGAAAGUGCUGCUGCCCCGAGCCAGCUGGGGUGGUCUGUACCACCAGGUCUGUGUGGCAGGGCAGGGAGUUGGAGGGCCCCCUCUGGGGGCGCUGAAGAAGUAUUUUUACAGCAGACUUCUUAUUUAUUUAUUGAGCUCCAGAGCCAGCAUGUCGGGGGGGGGGGUGCCCAGGGCACUCCAUGCUGGGGCUGGCCCAGCGCUGGCCCCAGGUCCCUCUCUUCCUUUCCAGUGAUUGACAAUGACCUUGGGAAAGAUGAACCCGCCCUUGCCCGCAAUUGACCAAAGAAGAGGGCUGGGGGGGGGGCGCCUAUUGGCCAGGCAGGGGACCCCGCUAUUGUCUGAGCACUUGCCUGCCUGUGCCAGGAGAUCUGUUGGGGGCUGCUUGCCCUGUUUGGGGUGGGGGGAUCGUCCCCUUCCAGUGGUGCUGGGGGCAGACUGGGUUGAGGGGGAGGGGUUUUUUAAUAGACUUAUAGUUGAAGACUCUCCCCUUCACCUCCCCCCGCUCGCUGUGACUUUCACCAGUUCCGAGACCCGUACCAGGGGGACAAGUCGGGGGGGGCGCUGGACGGUUCUUAUUUGCCAAAAUUGCCUCCUGUUGCUGGGGGGGGAGGCAAAUGUCUCCUGGGAGAAGGAGCUAAAUGUGGGGGGGGGACAGGGGGUUGAGUAGCUCUUAAGGGGUGGGGGCCUGUAGAUGCAUUAUGGGGAUGGGGGUGGGCAGGGAGUGACUCCCAGAGAUUGGUGACACCAAAGAGGACGUCUCUGGGUCCAUGGGGCUGCGGCAGUUUCUGGGGGCAGGAACUGAGCCCCCUACCUUGGACAUCCCCUCCCUGUUGUGCCCAGGGAGGCUAGGGUGGGGGUACGUACCUGUGGGCUCCUCUUGCUGCCUGCUCCAGCCUUUUUGGGGUCGGAGGGUAACGCUUUCGUCUGGCUUGGGACCCGGGCCUAUGUCAGCUUCUCCUGCCACAUCUCAAAGUUGGGAGGUCUCUUCUCCAGUUAGGACCCCCCCACCCCGCCCAAGCAUUGGUACCCCCUCAGCCUCCUCCGUGGGCCAAGCUGCCCAUGUGCCAAAUUCCCAAGUGCCACGCAGCCCAUCCUGGUUCCAGUUCUGUUCCCCUGCCGCUCCCUCCCCCCCCGGGGAUUGGCCCUGUGCCCCCUAACCUCCCUAGCAUUGCUCCCCUCCCUCCAUGGGCUCCCAGACAGAGGGACCUGUUAUUUAAAGGGAGUGCAGCUGGCUGGUGAGCCAGACCCUCCACCCUGAGCAUGGGGAAGGGGGCAGCUACAGCUGGGAAAUUUCCCCCUUAGCCUUAUCUGAACAAACACCUCCCCCAGAUCCCUAGGGUCACUGAUUUCCACCACACUUGGUCCAUGCCCCCAGGGAGGGGUAGUUUACAGCCAGGUCCACAGGGGACAGGAAUUCCCCAUGUGAGGUGCUCCCCCCAACCCUGUGGCUCCAGAUGCAGGUGGGAGAGGGGUGUGUGUCCCCCCUGGAUAAAACUUGAAAAUAAAAUGUGGAGGCUGAGAAUUUGCCUGGCCACAGCACUCCUGGGUCCCUGACCCUAUGGGGCUAAGCCAGUGAGUGCCUGCUGACCCAGGUUGGGGGUGGGGGGCUUCCUGCAUAGUGACUCCAGUCCCCUUCCCCCACUCAAGAGCCUUACUGAGCAGCUCCAGAGAGAUGGGCCGAGUGCCUGACACUAGCAGAUGUGGGGCAGGAGGGUGGGUCCAGGCCCCAGGCUAGGGGGUUAUUAAAUAACUGGGUGUUUGCAGCCCCCUUUGGCCCCCUCGUGCAUCAAUCUCCAUGGAAAGGCUGGGGCCUCUGAAAGUUUUAAUCAGCUCGUUCUGGGGGCAGCAAAACCUCUGCUUGCACCCAAGGCUGAACAUGCCUCAGUGUGGGGCUGGGCUCAGCCAUAGCCUGGAGGCGAGGGAUUGGUAACUACGGGGUGGGGGGUGAGGUCAGGGCAACGCUUCCCCUGCCACUGCUCUGCCCCUUCCCUCCCCAACAACACUGCUCCUGUGGGGGCAGGAAAAGCCACCCAGGGACAGCUGAUCAGUCCUGCCCACCACAAAGGGGGGGCAUAGGCUUUCACAGACUCACAGGUCAUGCCCACUCUUGCGGUCUGUGUGGGGGGAACCCCCUUCAUGCAUGUCCAUGCACCCCUGGGCCCCUUUCCGCUGGCUUUGGGCGGGUCUGUCCCGGAGGCUCUGACUCAAGGUUGUCAUGCUGCCAGCGUGCCCGUUGACCCAGGUGCAGCCAGGUCUCCCCUGAGUUGGAAGGCCCCUCUCCCCUGGCUUUGGGCCUGCCCAGGCCAAGCCGGGAGUAGUGGGAUCCCUCCAUGCUGGGGUGGGAACCGCCUGGCUCCCUUGGGGCUGAGGCUGUUUUAAAUGCAAAAAAGAAGUGAUUUCUGGGUUUGUUUGUUUUUUUAGCAGUUUUGGGGUGUUUUUUAUUUCUGUGACUGUGUCUGGGGAGUUUUAAUCUGAUGUCGGAGCCAAGCGAGCUCAGUCCGGGCCCAAAGCCGUGGGGUCUCCGCUCCUCCCUGGGCUGCCCCUGCCGGAGGGGUGGGGGGGCGUGGCAGCUUUGAACUGAAGCCCCAGAUGAGGGAGGUGCCGUUGCUGUGUCAGGGGAGGGGGGACGUGGCACUUAUUUGGCAAUGCAGAUUAAAGGUACUUUUUUCUUGUGUGUACAUAUAAAUUAUAUAUAAAACUCACUUUCUAUAACAA